CCAGACCACAAAACUAUUCUCUCUAUCUCCUCCUUCCCUCCCUUCUUACUACACAAAACAAAAUCCUUAUUCCUUCAUCACUUUGUUUUUCUUCCUCUGCUUCACGAAAGAAAAAAGCAUCUUAGAAAAUCCAAAAAUGUUAGCAAGAGAAUCACCUUCGAGUUGUUUUGAUAUUCCAGAAGAAAUUCUAUCGUUAUUACCAUCAGAUCCAUUUGAACAGCUCGAUAUUGCGCGUAAAAUCACAUCGAUUGCCUUGUCGGCACGUGUAGCGAAACUUGAAUCGGAAUCGAACCGUCUUAAAGCAAAAGUUGAAGAGAAAGAUGAUUUAAUAUCUGAAUUACAGUCUCAGAUUGAAACCCUUGAUUCUGCUCUUUCUGAAACUGCUGAUAGACUAACUCAAAUUGACCAAGAAAAGGAGAGUUUACUGAAGGAGAAUGAAUCUUUGUCAAACACAGUAAAAAAGCUCAAUCGAGAUGUUUCCAAGUUAGAGGUAUUCAAGAAAACACUCAUGCAGUCACUACAAGAGGAGGAGGCUCCAAAAGGAUCUUCCCAAGUAGCUAAACAGACACAAGGAAGUCCAAAUAGUAUUUCUUCGGGAUCAAACCAUGGAGAAGAUGAUGCUGCGGUAUUGCCGCCAUCGGUAUCAUCUUCAAUUAGCAAGAGUCAGUUUUCGGAAACUGAAAAUUCACAAGAGGACAGUGGUAAUUCAGUAGAGACAGAGGUUGUGGCAGCACCAAGAUAUGGUUCACAAGGUCCUCUACUAGCUUCUUACAGUAACACACCAAAGCUUACUCCCCCGGGUUCCCCUCCAAGUUAUCCUCCACGAAGAACACUGUCUAAACCUACAUCACCAAGGCGACAUUCUAUUUCAUUUUCCUCCACAGGGUCAGGAAUGUUUGAUCGAUCUUCAAUUUACUCUUCUAUGCCAGCCAGCUAUCAGAGUUCAGUAUCAAGUUCUCCUGCUCCUGAAAUGGCAUCUCAAUCUGGUCGAACUCGUGUUGACGGAAAGGAGUUUUUCCGCCAAGUUAGGAGCCGUUUGUCUUACGAACAGUUUGGUGCAUUCUUAGCCAAUGUGAAGGAGUUGAACUCACACAAGCAAACCAGAGAGGAAACUUUAAGAAAGGCGGAUGAAAUAUUUGGCGUGGAAAAUAAAGACUUGUAUACCAUUUUUGAAGGAUUGAUAACACGAAAUCUUCAUUGAAGCGCAGAUGUGAUCCUGUAAUAUUGCGAUAUGUUUAAAGUGAAUGUAGGAGCAGUUCUUAGUAUAUUUUACAUUCUGACUCAUGAAUUUAUCCAUGUGAGAAGUUGUCGACAUUGUAAAAUGUCACCAUGGUACAUUCUGAUUUGCAAGUUCAUCUUCAUUUGCCCACCAA